CGCGUUUAUCCACUGAACUACUUUGUAUAAUUUUACUACGUUCUUGUAUAUUUUAGUUUUUUAAUAAUCUCAUACUAAUUUACAUCUUGUAAAAUGGCUCUCUGUGUUUGCAAAUGCUUAAAUGUAUCUUUAGAAAGUGAUAAUUUUGAAGAAAUUAUUGAUAUCGGAAAACUGGAUUUAUCUUUGACGGAACAAAGGGAUAUUUUUUUCAGUGAGAAGUUACUAUCAUGCACUUCCAAAUCAUUAAAAAGCCAUGUGGUUCAACCGGCUCUGAUUGGACACCGCAUAGUUGGUCGCUACAAUAUAGAAUCAUGUCUUGCAUGUGGGCAGACUACACAUGCAAUAUUACCUGAAAAGAAUACAGUUCUAAUUUUAAAAUCAAUUCAAACUUCAAUGGAAAACAUAAACAACUUAAAAAAGUCAGAGAAUUUCUCACCAGUAUUUAAUUUAUUAGUGCCAGAAAUUACAAAUGAUAUUGAAAUGAAAGAGAAUGUCGAUACAAAUAAUCAACUGAUUAGUGAUAAAAAUGGCUGCUCUCCGUCUAUUCAAGUGAUUGGAACACUUAGGAAACAACUUAAUCAAACUCUACAAUCACAAUUAGAAGCUAUAGAAGAAACUGUAAGGCAAUUCAGGGAUCAGAAAUAUGCAGAAUAUGAAGCUUACAGGGAAAGGGCUCAGAGAGAUCAUAAAAUUUUAUCUAGUAUUGUAAGUAAAUCACGCAACAACUCUGAAAAAGAUAACUGGGCAAAUAAUUCUACCUUAGACAAUGGACCACCCUCACCUCUUCUACCACCUCUGCAAAGAAGAAGAUUGUCCUCAAUUAAAGAUGCUAAAAAGUUCAAUCAAAAUGUGAAGACCUCUAUUCAAAUCCCACAUGAAGAAGAUUCUUUAGAUGCUGAGGAUAUUUUUGAUUUAGAAGGAAUGGAUUCUAGAAACUACAUGGCCUCUGACCAGGAUGAUUAUGAUUCUGACCAAGGAAGUAAUGACGAAGGCAUUCACAUUGUGCGAUCUCGCGGCAUCCCCGACGCCGACAUCGCGCGCUCGCUUCCCAUUAAUAUGCCCAAAUUUCCAACAGAAAGACAGUCAGUGAGGGAUGUCGAUGACUUUGAGGAGCCGGCCGACAUCGCGGCCAGCAUCAAGGCGCUGGCGCGCUCGGUGCACGGCGACGUGUUCGAGCUGCCGCGCCCGCGCUUCUCCACGCAGAUCUAGCGCCGCCGCCCGCUGCAUCCUAACUCGUGAGGACAUCCGCUGGAGGUGUCGAGACGAGGUCCAUACUGCCCACGCAUUGGUGCUUUUGAAAUGUGAUCAGUGACCCUAAUACCGCUAUAUGGACAGCUAAAUGUUAGUAUUGACGCCGGACGGCUGAAUUAUUUCGAUGUUCGAUGUUUGCGAUCGACGUGCCAUGCGCUGUGGACGGCCCGGUUACGUUCAGUUCUAGCUUUAUAUUUCUUCCUAGAUGUGUAGUUUUAUUCGUGCGACAGAUUCAGAUUUAUGAUAAUAUUAAAAUUUAAUUCGUGGUUGUAAUCUUGUAAACUUCCAUAGUACAUAUAUAAGGACUAAUGUAGUAUGUAAGCAAGAGGCUAUGAAUGUUGUUAAAAACAGAAUAGAUAACAAAUAAACCAAAUAAUUUGUUACAUACCGACGAGGACGCGACGUCCUCGCUAGAAAGAACUGAUUUGUUUAAGUAAAUUUUGAAAACUCAUUUGUAAAUUACAAUGAAUAUUUGUCAUUUUAUAUAUAAAAAUAAUUAUCCCUAGCUCUCAGCUUUAUAAUGUAGAUGAACAAAAGUCAAUUCUGUAACAAGGUUAAUCAAAAUUAACUGUAUGACACAAUUAGUAUCGCGGAGAAAUGUCGGUUUAGUGAAUUAAACAUCCAUCUAAUAUAUAUUUGCGAAAGUUCAGUAAAACCCCCAACACAUGAUAAAUAACUAGUUGUAUGUAAUUUGUCCUUGGACAAGUCCAUUACAAUUUAUUUUUAUCAUUGUUCUUCAAUAAAUCAACGUAAGAGUUCAAAUGGUCGUGUAGCAUUCAUUUAAUUGGUAAUAUUUUAUUAAUUUACUAUUUUAAAUAACUAAGAAUACUAAAUAGCAAAAAAAGAAAGUAAUGUUGUUGCAGUCAGAUACAAGUGACUUGUUGAAUAUAAAAUUAAUCGGGAUUAACCUUGUUACAUCGAUAAUGUGUAUGAAUCCUACGUGACCUUGGCGAUAUAAUCUUUGUCCUGUUGGCACAACCAAGAGCUAUUGAGCAAAGAAUUGAAUGUGUAUGAAUUAUGAAAGUGUUUGUCGAUGAACUUGUUGAAAAUAAUAUCUAUGUGUAUUAAAAUUAACAUCUAAGUCAUAUCUCUGUUAUAGAAUUCAGAGUUUUUUUAUUAAUUUUUACGUCGUGUUAUCUUAAUGAUAAGUGAAAAGUGUACAAAAAUAUUAAUACUUGCAUUUCUUACUAGUCUUUUAGGGUCACGAAAUAAAUCAUAGUUAAAAAUUGUUUACAUACCCGAAUUGUUUAUACAGUAAAUAUAGUCGUUCUGUCAUCAUGCUUACUUAAAAAUUUGUAAUAAGUUUAUUUUUAUAUUCGAUAUAUUGAAUGAGUACAAUAGGACAGGAAUGAAACGAGUUGGCGGCAGACGUUAUGUAUUUGUUUGUGUACACUUUGUUUAUAUGAACAGUUACAAUAUAUAUGUAGUUCUAUGAUCAGUGUCUUCCAGUAGCACUGUACUAAUUAAUCAGUUUCUCUAGUAUUUGUAAUCAGUGUUUCAGCCUUUGUCAAUGGUUUUACUUUCUCUAUAAUUAUUUGUUUCUUUGGAGUGACGAUAACGAGAUGGACUUUGAAUGUAAGGAAUAGUAGUGAUCAUGUAAUAAAAAUGACAGAA